AUGGAGGUCGCCGACAUACAACAACAAGCAACAAAUGGCACCGCUCCGGCCAACACGGACAUGGACAUUGAUAUGGACCUCGAUCUUGGUCCCCUUCCAGAGCCAGAGCCAGAGCCAAUUGAAGCUGAGCCCGAGGCGACAACAUCAUUCGGCCAUGACGGUGCUUUCGACGCCCAAACAGCAGAAGCGCAAUACGAAAAAGUUCACAUCCGAGGCGUCGACGAUCUAACGACAGAUAACAUCAAACAAUUCGCCAUCGACCAUUUCACCACCGAACAGCCUACCCGCAUCGAAUGGAUCGAUGACACGUCCGCGAAUAUCAUCUACUCGUCGCCGGAGGUUGGUCUCCAGGCGUUAGCUGCCCUUACACAAGUUGGGGAGGAUGAGGACACAUUCACGUUACCUCUGCGUCUGCGUUCGGCCAAGCUCCUGUCAUCACAUCCCGACUCUGUCCUCCAGGUGAGAGCAGCGGUGAAAACGGAUCGGAAGAAGCCUCGUGCGCACGAAGCGAGUCGGUUCUACCUUAUGCACCCGGAACAUGACCCGCGGGAGAGGUUGCGAAUGGAACUUUCAGAAAGGAGGCGUCAAGGCGGGGACUCCGGUGAUGGCGAUUAUAGGAGGAGACGGUUUGACGGUCGGGAGCUUCGACGACGGCGGGACCGUGAUAAUGACGAGCUCAUAAGCGCGGACAUGUAUGAUGAUUCUGGUGCUGGUGCUGGUGAUUCUGAGCGGAGACGUGGAGGGCGACGCGAACUGUUCCCCGACGAAGGGGGUUCGUCGGGCCGUCUUCGAAACCGCAGUGCAUCCCCCGGACGAGACACCUUGGAGAGUGACCGACUGCUAUCGGAUCGGUCUGAACGGCGAUUCAGAGAGCGAUCUCCCCGUCGGAGCGGAGCGAAGGAACUUUUCCCAGCCAAGUCGAAAUCAAAAGCACGCGAGCUUUUCCCAACCAAGUCGGAAUCCAACGAACGCGAGCUUUUCCCGAAUAAAACCACAAACAGUUACCUUAAGAAAGAACUCUUCCCGAGCAAAGUCAGCAACCACCGCCGGACCGACGCUAUCGAUGCCGCGGAUGAGACACUGUCGAGCAGAAUCACAGCUCCGGUUGGUGAUUCACGGAACAGGGGCGUCGAGCUCUUCCCUGAGUCUUCCAACAACGGUGGUGUCAGCAUUCGUGGGACAGCGCGAGACGAAGGCUUCUCAAUCCGUGGAUCUUCCAAUGGCCUGUCGAUAAAGGGCAAGGGAGCAUCGGUCAAGGAAUUAUUCCCGUCCACGUACAGCUCGAAUGCCGGGAAGGAGCUGUUUUCGAACAGAAUCGAAGGGCGAGGAGGCCCAAGACGGAGGGCAGAGGACAUGUUUGGUUGA